AUGAGCAUUUCCCUAUCAUCCAGACCGUUAUUCGGGGGAGCCAUCUCACUGGACUUACCGGCGGAUUACAUCGAUGCCAGUGAUCUUCGUCAGAUCCCUGAUAAUCAAGAGGUAUUCUUAUCGUCCACGUCAGACACUGCGAUCGUACUUGAGGUAUUGGGGAUGGUGGAAGAUGGAUUGGCAAGUACAGACCUUUGGGAAGCGAUCAAAUUUCACUUCUCAUCCAUAGCUCACGAUAACGCCUCUCUCCACUCAACGAUCCUCACCCCUCCUCCCUCUUCAUCCAUCCCUUCUCAACCAUCAGACGAGUCAUCAGCCACCACUCCCCAACCGGUGAUAUUAGGCGGUACACAGCGUAUACAUAAAUUCUCACAUAACCCCACUGGAGCACCUCGUCCAGGACAUGAAGACGAUAUACCAGAUGAAGUUUGGAUUGGCGUCGCUCUAUGGAGAAUAUGGUUGGAAAACCAACAGACGGGAAAGAAGAAAAAGGCGGACCUUGUUUUGAGCGUUAAUGUGAAUCUUUCUGCAGAGGGUGGUAAGGGAUUGGAGGAGAAGGAACGAGUAGAGCAGUGGUUCGUCGGAGAUUGUGUGAGGAGUUUGAAGGUUCUGGAUUUUGGGUUGUUUGGAUAUACUGAUUAG